UGAACGCUGUGCCUCGUGUUAGUGUGCAUCCAUGAACUGCAUGUGCAGCUCUGCUGAACUUUCUGUGGACCUGAAGGAGGUUUUUACACCGACUCUGCCCGUGUCUGUGGGCGUAAGCUUGAAAGCUUGACCGGUAUAUAUCACCUAAAGGUAUUUGGGCUCAGCAGGGAUCAGAAUUGCUCCGUAGCCUGAGGACACAAGAGAGGAUCAAGGGUAGCUGCUCUUUUUCCUGAAGUUUCCCUGAAUCUUCUGGUGCUUUUUCAUUCAUUUGUCCACUUCAGGAGUGAAGAUGACGGACAGGCUGGUUGGAUCUGGGAGGAAAGAGCAAGGUGUCGUGAUUGAGGAAGACUGGCCAGGCUAUGACUUAGAGCUGUUCAACUAUCCGGAGCAUUACCGCGGCGACAUCGAGAGCGUGCUCAUCCCACACGGAGUCAUCAUGAACCGGAUAGAGUGUUUAGCGAGAGAUAUCCUGGAGGAAAUCGGUCAUCAUACCCUGAUGAUUCUGUGUGUGCUGAAAGGAGGUUAUAAGUUCUGUGCUGAUCUGGUCGACUCCAUUAAAGCGCAAAGCCGCAGCACCAACCGCAAACUCACCACCAGAGUGGAGUUCAUCCGCCUCAAGAGCUACCUGAAUGACCGCUCCACUGAGGACCUGCACAUCAUUGGGCCUGAGGACCUCUCCAUGCUGAAAGGAAAAAACGUCUUGAUUGUUGAGGCUAUAGUGGACACGGGGAAGACCAUGAAGGCCCUGCUGCAGCACGUGGAGAUGUUCCAGCCCAAGGCCGUUAAAGUGGCAGGACUGCUGGUAAAGCGCAUCCCAAACGGACCUGGAACACUUCCAGACUAUGUCGGAUUUGUCAUCCCGAAUCGUUUCGUUGUGGGAUAUGCACUGGACUACAAUGAGUACUUCAGAGACCUCAACCAUAUCUGUGUGAUCAGUGAGACGGGGAAGCUGAAGUAUAAAGUCUAAAGGAGUCGAGCUGACUGGAUCUGGUCUUCUCUGACUCGAAGUGGACAUUUCUGCGAUACCAGCGGUCAGCCUUCAGACUAAUAUGAAGCAUCUGCAUCAAGGUUUUAUCUCGAUAUUAAUAACCCUAAUUCAAACAGCAAAUUAUAAUGUCAUUUUUUGCACUCAGUGUUUUGAUAAACUACAUUAAUGAUAUGCUUUGAAAAUAUCUUACAUGUAUUUCUUCUUAACUUAAUGUCCUGCGUAACUGCUGUCCACCACAACGGACUAUGAAUA